AUGUCUUCGCCCUCUCUCAAGAUAUCGACCACGACGAGCAGCGUUUACCCAAACGACGACAAUAAUGCCUUGCUUUCGCGUGCCGCUAGCUAUACCGACCUCCCGAGCAAAUCCCCGGAAUCCGGUCCUCCGGGCUUGAGACGAACCUUCUCCGAUUAUGCAGUGCCCACCUUAUCCGAGUCGCCGACCAAGGAGACUGUGGCUGCAGGCAAGGACAUCUUGCGUCGGACAUCCCUUCGCUCGAAAAAGAAACCCGAAAAGUCGCCCGCCGCCGUUUCGCACUUUACACUGUCUUCGUCGGAAGAUCUGAAGGACCCGGACAUUCAAGAUGUGACCCAGACGAAGAUGCCGGAAACGAGGGCGCCCGAACCUGUCGCUCGGCCAUUGAAGGCUCGUUCCAUGUCUGGACGGAUUGUCAACUUGGCGCGGAAGCCAUGGGGAUCCUCGUCUCGAUCACCUUCUCCGUCAGCGAAGAGAAACAAACAAAGACUUAACGAGCAAUCUCCUACCCGGCUGAGUGGACGCAAGACGGAGUCUACCGAUGGGGAUGGGGCAAUGCCCUCACGCAGGCGAACGGUGCUAUACAAACGGCCCAGACGGCCAAUGGUAGCGGUGGUAACGAAAGGAAACUCGGACUCGCCAGAUUCACCCAACAGCCCGUCGAAUUCAUUACGAAACCGGACCUCUUUCGAGAAAUUCACAGCAUCUCUCUCUGUGACGACUCCGAUCCUCCCUCCUAUGCCCAAGGGGGCCGCGGCAACCGUGGCAUCCUACACAAACAAUAGCAGUACAAGUGAGCAUUCGCGCAAAAAAGAUGAGUUGUGGGGCAUGUUCCGUGGCCUUGAAGCAGACUUCCAGAAGUUUCAAUCUAAAUCCAGCUCACUGAAAGCCAACGUCAUUCGCUCCUCGUUGCUCCCUUUCCUUGCGCGCCAUCACCUGCACGCCUCUUGUAAGAAUCUCAGACCCGAAGAUCUGGAUCGUCGAGUCAAUAUCCUCAACAAGUGGUGGAUUGGCAUGUUGGAGAUGCUCAAUGGCAAGAACAAUCAAUCGAUAUCUGGUACUGACCGCCCGGUGUUCCUCGAGGCCGUGGUGGGCAUUAUGAGCCGACCAGAAUGGCGGAUACCAUUCCCUACUGCUCAGCAGAAUGAUGGACCUACGGAUUCGCUGAAAUACGCAUCGACUUCAGUAUCUGAAACUUCUGACGGGUCGGGUUCAUCUGGAUCGGAUUUCCUGGUCGAGUCCAUCCAUCACAACAUUCGCAAUAUCUUUGUCCAGAAUCUGUUGUCACAAAUGGCAUUCGUGGUGGAGCGCAUGUCGAUGAGACACGCACCCGCCAGUCUGGUGGCUUUCUGUGGAAAGGCGUGUUCAUAUGCCUUCUUUUUCUGCCCGGGGGUCGCAGACAUCAUGGUGCGCCUGUGGAACACGUCUCCGACUGUCUUCCGCCGCAUCCUGGCCGAAAACUCUCAGUCUCGACCUGGGAACCUCCGUGCGUUUACCCAGGAGCUAGCUUUGAGCUUUCCCACGGCUCUGCGACCAUUGGCGUUCCAUUCGCAUGCACCUCUACUACGGUAUAUGAGACACAAGCCCGAGCCACCCCUGAAUACUACCAAUAUACCUUGGCAUGGCCCUUGGAUUGCGCGCUGGUGCGGACGCGACACGGAUCUGUUCUUCGUCUUUGUGAAGUACAUCCACAUUCUAUACGCAGAGUACAUGCCACCGGAGACGGAGAAGGCGAAGAGAAUCUUGGCUCCUGGGUUGCUUCUAGUUCAUGCUCAACUUCUGAUUGCCAUUGAGGACACUAUUUACAAGCAGUCCCUGCACCAACAGGAAAGCACUCAUGCUGCGGCUGCGAUUACUUUCGACGAUUUCAUCGAAUCGCCCGAUGCCUCUGCCUCACCUCACUCCCUCAUAGGAGGUAGGAACAGCCACCGAUCCAUGGCGGAGAACCGUCUGAUCAUUCUUCUCCGGGACUUGCUCUCAGAAUCCUCAUCCGAGCCCAAUCGCGCACGUCUGCUCUAUGCGGAGACUUUCUGUGGACUGCUCAAGGUCGCUGCUCAACGAAUCUCCCUAUUUGAUCAUAAUGCAUGCUUCCUAUUGUGCGACUUCCUGGAAGAAAUUAUCCCGAUCAUCACACGAUAUGCACAGUCCAUCGAGACUGAAUUGUUUGAUUGGAGUUUCUGGCAGGAGGUCUGUCGGCAGAUGAUGCAAAGUCAUAACUCGCUGACCGAGGUGCGCGUGUUCUCCUUCAUCUACGGCAUCUGGGGCACUUGGGCUGCCACAGAGGAGCGCAAAGCAAGCCUCUGCUUGGAGUUUUUGUUACAUGAGCCGAUACUCUACCAUUACUUUAAUCAUUGGAGUCCGAUGGUGCGCGCCUAUUAUCAUCGUUUGCUGUGCUGGAGGAUCGGUCGUUUCAGUGGAGACCCAUCCCCGCUUGACUCAACUAUAUAUGAGACGCUAUCUGACAGGUUGCUACGAGUUUGGGAGUAUUAUAUUGGAUUCCAAUCCAAGGCAGAAGAGGGGCUCAUUGCGCCGCUGUCUUCUGCUCCUUGUACCCCGGCUCCGGGGCGGCGAAUCAUCAUUAUUAGGUGUGAUAAUCAGCUGUCUCCAGUCAAUCUCUUUGUUUCGUUCGAUCGAGUGGUCCCGCCCGUUCCCCCCGAGAAGGUCACCUCGCACCGGCGAUCCAGUUCUGUCGACUCGACUGGCUCAGACGGCCAGCCACCGAAGAAGCGAUGGGGCUUGCUUCGCUCCAUGUUCGGCAGUUCGGCCAAACCUGAUACUGCAGGCGGCAGUAGCUCGGACGAGUCUGACAGUGGUACCACGGAUCCGACGGUAACCCCGGACAACCGGUGCAUGGAUGGGCAUGAGAAAACCCCGAACCAAAGCUCGGAUGAGCUCAUUCGACCCAAGACCCCGCAUCAGCCGUAUUUCUUCAAAUUCUCCCUGGAAUGGAUGGACCGGCCGAAUUGGCCCACCAAGAACAAGCGUCUUUUCACGCCCUGCCUCCCGGUGGCUUCACAACUCCAUGUGCAGCACCGCCGAUCUCUGUCUGAUUCCAAGUCUACCGACUUUGAUACCGUGUCAGAAACAUUGUCUACUUCCGAAAACACAGUCGACGAGCAGUCAACAGAGGAGCAUGAAACAAACACAACACCCUCCUCGCAAAUAGUUGUAGACAACCAGGCAAGAACACCUACCACGAAGAACUCUCCGCUGCCCGAGCUCCCGUCUCAGCCUAAAAAGGAGCAUACUGUGACUAGCAAGUACGCUGGCCGCGCUUUGGCAGAAUGGGCACACAUUGUCUCCGAAUGUGACAGUUUCUUUGCCCGCCGACGUGAUGAGGGCGUCCCAACUGAUCGCAUGGUCGAAACGCCUAGCUUGGGCGUAGAGAGCUUUCGGAAAUAG